UCCGAGCUUCUUGUCUUACGCCGAACACGUUCGCCUCACUUGCCCAUUUGCGACACAUUUCGUCCGUGUAAGCUCGUCUAAAUCGUCUUUUAAGUGUCGCCGGCGCAGUUCCAACAUUUGACUUUGCUUGUCACGUGCCGCUCCAGUCGUUUGUCGUCUUUUUAGUUCCACUUUUCGUCGGCCCACUUAGCUUGGCGAUUAGCCACUUCGCUUCGUUAGCCGCCUUCCGGUCCAAUCUCGCAUCAAAUCCAAAAAUGGAUCCAAGUGGAGUCACUGCUCACACGCCCAAGCCCGUCGUCCGUGUCGUCGAGCGGCGACGCGGCGGACACGACCAGCGACUUGAUGCUGGCGCAGAUGCUUCAGAUGCAGUUUGACCGAGAGUUCGAUGAUCAGCUGCGGCGAGAGGAGAAGAAGUUCAACGGAGACAGCAAAGGUAGCGGCAGCGGCCGCCGCGAGCGACGAACAAACGCGCUUCGUAUUCAUAGUCGCGUUCGGAUUAAGGCGACUUUAUUGCUCGCCGUGCGCGCCAAUUCAGUUGCGAGUCCAUAUUCGGCCUCAUCGAACACAAAUCAUAAAAGCGGACCAAAGUGUGUGUUGGACUGUUUGUGUAGUGUCCAUCUCCUUCGAGAACUACCGCAAGGUUCACCCUUACGAGGACAGCGACGGCUCCGAGGACGAGGUGGACUGGCAGGACACCAGGCACGACCCCUACAGGGCGGGUAACGCCACCGCAACGGCGCGAGUACCUCUGCGGCGUACUGCGCGCUCGCAAUCUGCACUUUUUUUGUUUUGUUCCCCUCCAGCCAAGGCUCAGACCGCGCCCAGAAGAGGUUUUGCUGGGAAAGGCAAAAACAUCACAACCAAGCAUGACGCCGUCACAUGUGGCAGGAAGAACACGGCGCGCAUGGACAACUUUGCUCCUGAGGUGCACGUGGGCGACGGUCUGGGCAUGGACCUGAAGCUGUCCAAUCAGGUCUUCAACUCUCUCAAGCAGCACUGCGCCAGCGAGCAGCGGCGAAGCGCCCGGCUGCACGAAAAGAAGGAACACUCCACCGCCGAGCAAGCGGUGGACCCCCGCACUCGUCUUCUGAUGUACAAGAUGGUCAACGCCGGCGUGCUGGACAGCAUCAACGGAUGCAUCAGCACCGGAAAAGAGUCGGUGGUCUUCCACGCCAACGGAGGAAGCCUGGACGAGCGGCCCGUCCCGGACGAGGUGGUCCUGAAGGUGUUCAAGACCACCCUGAACGAGUUCAGGAACCGAGACCGCUACAUCAAGGACGACUACCGCUUCAUCGACCGCUUCGCCAAACUCAACCCGCGCAAGAUCAUCCGCUUGUGGGCCGAGAAGGAGAUGCACAACCUCAGCAGGAUGAAGGCGGCGGCGAUCGCGUGCCCGGACGUGGUCCUGCUGCGGAAGCACAUCCUGGUCAUGUCGUUCAUCGGGCGAGACCACGUCCCCGCGCCCAAACUCAAGGACGUCGUGCUGAGCUGCGACGACAUGAAGAACGCCUUCUACCAGGUCUUGCACUUGAUGCAGACGCUGUACGCCGAGUGUCAUUUGGUCCACGCUGACCUCAGCGAGUACAACAUGUUGUGGCAUCAAGGAAAGGUGUGGUUGAUCGACGUCAGUCAGUCGGUGGAGCCGACUCACCCCCACGGCCUGGAGUUCCUCUUCCGAGACUGCAGGAACGUUUCCACGUUCUUCCAGAAGCGAGGAGUGAGCGAGGCGUUGGGCAUCUUCGAGCUUUUCAACGCCGUGUCGGGACUCAACAUUCCCAUUGGUGCAGAAAACGAGGCGGAGUUUUUUGCCGAGAUCGUGGCGUUGGAGAAGCGCAACGAGGACCACGUACAGCGGCGAGGAAAGAAAACGUUCGCCGUGGUGUCGGAGGAGGAAGAGGAAGAUGAGGAGGGGGCGGACCCUCCGUUAGAGGCGGACGCCGACGACUAGCCCGCCGUCGGCCCGUUCGCUCGCCCUCGCUUUGUCUCUCCGGCUCGUUCGACGCCGCGGCCUCCGAACGGCCCCGCCCGCCCCUCGCUCCCACGGCGGCCACAUUUGACGCUCGUCUUGUUUUCGUCACGCUUGGAGGUGGGGGGGCGGUGUGUACCUUGUGUGUACUUUGUGAUGAUGAUGAUGAUGAAGAAGACUGACAGACGUGACGACUUCGUUUGUCCUUUUAAAUGAAAAUAAAAGAUGAACACACAACUGAAA